AUGCAUGUGGUCGAUGAUUCAAAUGAUGCCCCGAAAAUACUUCCGCUGCCUAGAGCCGCUCCGUCCACAUCCGCUGCUGCGCGUUGGCAAGCAGUUGUGAACCGCGAUGCAACGGCCAAUACAUUCGUCUACGCCGUCCUAACGACAAAAAUAUACUGCCGUCCAUCCUGUCCGGCUCGUCUUGCCCGCCGGGCCAAUGUCAGAUUCUAUGACACGCCCUCACAGGCAGAAUCAGCAGGUUUCAGGCCCUGUAAGCGCUGCAAACCAGAAAUGCACUGGGCGGCAAACCCACAGGUCCAGUUGAUACAAAAGGCUUGUGAAACGAUCAAUUUGGAAGUCCUGAAUGGCUGCAAACCAACGCUUCAGAAGCUGGCCAGUGAAGCAAAUCUGACACCCAGUCAUUUCCACCGCGUAUUCAAAAAGGUCAUGGGCGUUACGCCGGGGCAAUACUCGGCUGCCGCUCAAGAUUGUCGGAACCGAAAUGCGUCGGUUGACUCUGGCCUAGGCGAGGAUUGGAGUCUGAACCGGCCGCUUUGCGACGAUGGCGUCUGCUAUGACCCUGACCUCUUGGGCGGUUUAGAUGACUCCCAUGCUCCGACCACCACGGAUGCUGUUAUUUGGAAUGACUUUGAUGCUAUGAUAGCUGCAGAGAAUGAGUAUAUUCUUUGGCCAGACGAAGUACAAUAG